GGAUGCUAAGCCUCACGAUCUACAAACCAAGCUUGUCAAUCUAGCUACAACGGAGGAAGUUGCCAAUCUCAAUUAAGGAUCUACUCGAAAAAGAAGAACUACGUACCCAAGGAUAUUGUGAUCAUCCUUGGCUCGUUUUCGACUCGAAAAAGAAGAACUACGUACCCAAGGAUAUUGUGAUCAUCCUUGGCUCUUUUUCUACUCGAAAAAGAAGAACUGCGUACUAGGCGUACUCUCAACAAGGAGAGAGAUGCUAUUUGUUUAUGACUCUCAACAAUGAGGAUGAUGCUAUUCACUUGGUAGAGUUCUAACUCAAGGAGAGAUUUGCUAAACUUCCGGCAGAUUCUGAUUCUGGCUUUGUUUUUGAAAAGGAUGCUGAGGUGGACAAGGUGUACGAUGCGGCGGCUGCGCUGGUUGCUGGAGGAACGGAGGACAUGAAUUUUUCAGAGAUCUUCAGUUAAGAGUUGUAGUUAGAGAGAAAAUGAAGAUUGUUGACUUUGAAGACGUGUUUCAUAAGUCGAAGCUUGAUCUGCUUGUUAAGAGAUAGUAAACAGAGAAGACUCAGUCUUGAUGUGCUUAUGAUAGUAAACCGAGACCUUUUCACUUAAAUUUUUUAAGAGUUCGUCGGUCGGAGAGAACUUUUCUCAGAUUUCUCAGAGGAGCUUAAGAGCUCCUACCAGGCCUCUGCUCCAAUUCUCGGAAGUUUCGAAGAAGCCGACAUUUCAGGCAGUGGCUUUGUUCGAUGCUGCUACUUGGAACGCUAUGGAAUGCGACGAUGAGGUCUGUAAGCAGUUUAGGCCGGAACAAACCGGAAAGCGUAGAUUAAGGCUCUUAUCUAUGUAUAAUAUCUUCUUCUUCGAGUUCGAGAGUAGAGUGUCCGUCGUUAUCUCUAUAAUAGAGUCUUCAACGCAAAAAUAAGUACCAUGUACCAUGUACCUAUCUACUUUGUUUGUAGAGUGUCGUGCAGCUGUGCCGACUUUAUCCAUCCUAUCCUAGUGUUCUAGCCUCGUUUUGCUUUUCUUAGUGGUUGCCGUUGUGAUUGACUGCUGACAAAUAGAGAACUCACUCUUCUAAGUAGAGAACUCCGAAUGUGGUUACCGACUGAGCAGGGUGGAGGAGACUUGGAUGCGCAGGGAUUCUUAUCGGCAGCCAAAGCCUUAGCGGUUGCCGCUCACAUCGCUCAAGAUGAUUUAACUUAGGAGUCACGUUUUUGCUCAGGAUGAUUUAACUUAGCUAAAAAAAAAAAUGAAAAAAGGCGCACGGCCUUCAUGCUCCUCGCUGUUUUAUUUCUUUAGACUAGUAUGCAGUUUACAGGGCCUUACUCUUAAGCGAGUAAGCAUGUAGAUAAACUGAGUACUUCAAUUCUCGAAAGAGGAAACAUCUGAAACGAAAACAUCCGCUAGUCGUCAUCAUCCUUGUUUUCCUUUAUGUUCACAGUGUCAGACACUCUUCUAAUUUGUGUUGCCUUUUUACCCGAGUCAAGCAAUUCACGUGCUUCAGGCGCAAAUCAGGAAGUUCGACAACGAUAAGGAUGAAAUGAGUCAAGUUACUACGAUCAUGAAAAGAGUGAAGCUGGAAGAUUUUGAGGAGGUACUUCUACUUAAUAGCGCUACUACAUCUACUUAAUAACACUACUACAUCCACUUAAUAACACUUUUCUAGCACUACUACAUCUACCGAACAAGUACGGGGUUAUCAUGCUGUUGCCUGUUGCUGAUUGGGCCCUCUGGGAUGAAUAAUUAUCUUUUUCUUUCUGGGACUCAUUCAUAGUGUUUGUUUUUUCCUAGCCAGGUGCCACCACGCAAUUCAUAGAACGACUCAUAGAAGGACUUAUUAUAUCCGCUAUCGUCCAAGAACUACAACACCUCCAUUAUAGAUACUAGUAAAAUUUGUUUGUAGUAGUUUUUUGAAAAAGUUGCAUAGCAGGAAGACGUGAGUACUAUUGACCACGAGUGACGUAAAACUAAAAACUUUUACUUUAUUAAACUUUCCAAAUUCCUUCGUAAUAUUACUCUCUGCUACUGUGUUGAUUAGGUACUACGUUUCUUCAGACAACGCGGCAGUGAAUAACUCACUUAAUUUCCCUCGUCAGGCAAGGACCACCACCGUAGCAGUACCCCAAGGCGGGGGGGAGGGU